AUGGGGUUCCAGGGAUCCCCAGGAGCGGGGAGUCUCCCGAGAGCCGGAGGUGCUGCCUUGUUGGCACAGACGCACCGGGUCUGUGACCGCGUUAUUCGCUUCCCUGCACCGCGUCAGGCUGCUUGUGCUCGCUGCGCGAAGGAGCAAAGACUCAGGCCCCGCAGGAGGGCAGUGUCCGUCCUCCCCGCGCAGCCCGGGCCAGGAACAGCUCCCGAGGCGCGGGGCAUCACCCCUCGCGGCGGCGGGGCGGCGGGGGCGGUGCCGUUGGUGGCGGUGCCGUUGCGGUGCCGGCCCUGCGCGCCGCGGUGCCCCGCUGGGGAGCGGCGGGGCUCUGCAGGGAGCCCUCGGAGGCCGCUCCCCACGCCGGUGCCGUCGCUGCGGGACGCCCUGACCGGUGGGACGGGAUGGGGAGAGCCUCGCCGGCAGGGAGGAAGGCAGCUCAAAAAGGCAGUGGAGCCCCCUCCCCAGAAGCCUCAGACUCUUGAUAACUCAUCACCUGCUGGUCAGUUUUCCCUGGUGAACUGGCCAGACCAAUGUGAAGUCAUCAGGGACAGGAUUGAGCACAUUGAUUGGAUACCCACUGCCCCUGAGCCAUUGUAUACUCCAACAGGUUUGGAGAUAACACCGACAUACCAAGCUCCUGACAAAGGCACUGUGAUUUAUCUAGGAGAAGAAGAGAGGCUCUGCAGGGCACCACAGGCAUCCUGCUUCAUGUAUUUCCAAGAGACAGGUCUCUGCUCCCUGAAGCAGACCCUCCACCAGAAAGAGGACAACACACUUAUCUUCAAAGCACAGUUUGAAAGUGGGAAUUUGCAGAAGGUGGUCAAAGUCAAUGAAUUUGAGUACCAGCUGACCCUGCGCACCGACCUCUACACAAGCAGACACACACAGUGGUACUACUUCCAAGUGAGCAACAUGCAGGCAGGGGUGCCGUAUCGCUUCACUAUUGUCAACUUUUCCAAGCCCAACAGCUUGUAUAGACAUGGCUUGCAGCCACUGCUGUACUCAGAAGUUGAUGCUAAGAAGUACCAGGUUGGCUGGCGGAGGACUGGAGAUGAAAUCAAGUACUACAAAAACAAUACAGGACAAGACCGACAUCAGUAUUUCUCACUUACCUGGACAUUACAGUUCCCUCAUGACCAAGACACCUGCUACUUUGCCCACUGCUAUCCUUACACCUACACUAACCUGCAGGAAUACCUGGUGGCCAUCUCUAAAGAUCCAGUGAAGUCCAAGUUCUGCAAGAUCCAUGUCUUGUGCCGUUCACUGGCAGGAAACAUGAUAUAUGUUUUAACUAUCACCAACCCCUCCCCAAGUGGCCUGAACACUGAGAGGAAGGCAGUGAUACUAACAGCGAGGGUGCAUCCAGGAGAAACUAACAGUUCCUGGAUAAUGAAGGGCUUUCUGGAUUACAUUCUUGGAGAUUCAGACAGAGCUCAACUGCUGCGGGACAGCUUUGUCUUCAAAGUGGUACCCAUGUUGAAUCCAGAUGGCGUGAUUGUGGGGAAUCACCGUUGCUCUCUAACAGGUCACGACCUGAAUCGGAAAUACAGAUCUAACAUGAGGAAGUGGUACCCUUCCAUCUGGUAUACCCGAAACAUGAUCAGAAGAGUGAUGGAGCAACGGGGUGUUUUUCUGUAUUGUGACAUCCAUGGUCACAACAGGAAACAAAAUGUCUUCAUGUAUGGUUGUGAGACAAAGCAGCAAGCAGAAGCACCAUAUGGGCAUCCAUAUGUCUUCCCAUUCUUGCUGAGCAAAAGCUGCCCAGAUAUGUUCUCAUUCCCAGACUGCUGUUUCAGAGUACAAAAGAGCAAAGCAGGCACAGGUCGAGUGGCAAUGUGGAAGAUGGGCAUCAACAACAGCUACACUUUGGAAGCCUCUAUCUGUGGCUCUCAGUUAGGCUGUAGACAAAGCACUCAUUUUGAUAUGAAAGACUUGGAGUCAAUAGGACAGCAUUUCUGUGAUGCUCUCUUGAACUACAGUGUUCAUAGCAAGGAGGAAUAUGAGAAUGUACUGAAAGAAGCCAGGGUGAACUCCAGGGUCCUGAAUUCUGAUGUGUUACACUGGGAUUCCAGGUAA